UGCAAAGACAGGUUCAUGGAACUUCACUACAUUUACAUUCUCUCCUCAAUCCUGCUCUUAUGUCUGUUUCCUCAAUCACUCAACUGCCAACAAGUAUACCUCAACAGCACUGUCUAUGACUGCUCUGCAAACCCUUCUUCACCAAAAGGAUACCUCUGCAAUGGCCUUCAAAAGUCAUGCACUUCCUUCUUAGUUUUCAGGUCAAAACCUCCUUACGAUAACCCUGUAAACAUUGCCUACCUUCUUGGCUCUGAAGCAUCUACCAUAGGCUCAAUCAACAAAAUCUCAAUAAAUGACAAGAUUCCUUCAAAUAAAUCAAUCAUUGUCCCCGUCUCUUGUUCAUGUCCUGGAAAUAUCUACCAGCAUAACACACCUUACACUGUCAACAAGGAUGACUACUACUUCAAGUUGGUAAAUGAAACUUACCAAGGCCUCACCACCUGCCAGGGAUUGAUGGGUCAGAAUUACUAUCCUUCUCUCAAUAUUACAAUUGGUUCUCAGCUCACAGUUCCGAUGCUAUGUGCUUGUCCCACGGCAAACCAGACAGCAAGAGGGGUCACGUCCUUGCUGGUUUACAUGGUGAAUAAGGGUGACACCAUUAAGUCCAUAGGAGAGGCUUAUGGUGUUGAUGAACAAAGUAUGCUAGAGGCCAAUGAGUUGCCAGUGCCAUCAAGUGCAGAGAGCAUCGUGAACAUCUUUGACAAGACGCCUAUCUUAGUUCCUCUCAGAGGCAAGAGUUGCAAAGAGGACCCAGAAAGUUUCUAUUGUACAUGUUCCCAGGGACUGCUUGCAGAUGGAAGCUCCAUGGGGCAAUAUUGUAAUGAAUCUGAUGGUAAAAAAUUUCCUGCCAAAUUAGUUGCUUCAUUAGGUGUUGGCAUUGGUGCAGGCUUUCUGUGUUUGUUUCUUUUGGGUUACAGGUUAUAUCGAUGUAUACAGAUAAAAGGACAAAGAAUUCGUAAGGAAAAGUUGUUCAGGAAAAAUGGUGGCUACUUGUUACAAGAGAAGUUUUCAUCUUAUGGAAAUGGAGAAAAGGCAAAGCUUUUUACAGCAGAGGAACUGAAAAGAGCAACAGAUAACUACAAUCGGAGUAGGUUUCUUGGUCAGGGUGGCUAUGGCAUGGUGUAUAAAGGAAUGUUACCAGAUGGAACCAUAGUUGCAGUUAAAAAGUCAAAAGAGAUUGAAAGGAACCAGAUAGAGACUUUUGUGAAUGAAGUGGUCAUUUUAUCCCAGAUCAAUCACAGGAACAUUGUCAAACUCUUUGGUUGUUGUCUUGAGUCAGAAGCUCCAUUACUAGUCUAUGAAUUUAUUCCCUAUGGAAACCUUUCCCACCAUAUCCAUAGGAAAGACAAUGAGGCAUCCCUUCCUUGGGACAGUCGCCUUAGAAUUGCAUGUGAGGUUGCUGGUGCAUUGGCAUAUAUGCAUUUUGCAGCUUCUCUUCCCAUCUUCCAUAGAGACAUCAAACCAACCAACAUACUCCUGGACAGUAAUUACAGUGCCAAAGUGUCUGAUUUUGGGACAUCAAGAUCAGUUCCACAAGAUAAGACUCACUUAACCACAGCUGUAGGAGGAACUUUUGGGUACAUAGACCCUGAAUAUUUCCAGUCCAGCCAAUUUACAGAUAAAAGUGAUGUAUAUAGUUUUGGGGUUGUGCUUGUAGAGCUCAUAACCGGGAGAAAGCCCAUUUCGUUCUCAGAUGAAGAUGAGGGUCAGCAUCUGGUUGCAGAGUUCAUUUCUUUGAUGAAGAAGGAGAACCAACUUUCUGAGAUUUUAGAUGCUAGAGUGCUUAAGGAAGCUAGGAAAGAUGAUAUUCUUGCCAUUGCAAAUCUUGCAAUGAGAUGCUUGAGACUUAAUGGGAAGAAAAGACCAACAAUGAAAGAGGUUUCAGCAGAAUUAGAAGCUUUGAGAAAGAUACAAAGUUCCUUACAGAUUAACCAUGAUCAUGAGUCAACAAAUGAUGGACCAUUGCUUAAGCACGCUACUAGUGACACAGUCCAAGAAUCUAGAGAGGAAAGCAUUUCACUCUUCUUGGAACCAGAGUCCACAUCCUUCUAA